AUCAGAUUGAUUUGUAUUCGAUUUGAUUUGAGCGGUAGAGGGGUCCGAGUCGUCGGAAGCAAGCGAGAAUAGUUUUUUGCAAUUAUGACAGCGGAAAAGACUCGUCUCCUUUUUGCUGCUCUAUUCGCGUGUGGAUUAACCUGUGAAUUUGUGUCUGCCCAGGAUUUCUGGUCGACCGUUCGGGUGUACGAGCGCCUGAGGGAUGGAUCCGCUGAAGCAGAGUGCAGGAACCACGCCAACCUGCUCGUAAAAAGCAUAAAAAAUGCUACAUACUGGGCUGUAAAAAUGCUGGAUUCGUCUGCCAACUUUCCUUCCGGCGUGCUCGAAGGUAACGUUUACAAUCUGGGCGACUUCGACGAGUGCCUCUCUGUUGACACUGGCCACGUGCGCGGCCGAUACUGUCUAGCCACGCUCAACCUGCUCGGCCCCGCGAGUCCCGCGAGCAAAGAGCAGCAGAAGUCAAGGCCGGUGCAUUACGCCCACCGCGUGCCUGACCCUUACACCAACGCCUGGGACCAAAUUCAGAAUCGGGGUGAAAGAUGGAGAUUUUCCCGCGAUGCCAUCAAGUUGGCGGUUUGCGUGCCAAAGUGGUGCACGAGUUUGGACGUUCAGAGAGCAAUGCUAGACGUUUACUCAACAAUCACGGCUACAAUGAACGCAACACUGAGAGUAGAAGUGCCAGAAAAACUGUGCCAGACGAAACAAAACUUUGAAGUUUCCUACCUGGAUGUUUUAUUUUUUGCUGUCAUUGGGAUUUUAACUGGAACUGUGACAGCUGGCACUAUUCUCGAUUAUGGACAUAAAAAAGGGGAUUUAAAAGUGUGUUCGUUGUGGAAGCAGAUUUUGCUGUGUUGGUCUGCGCGGAAAAACUUCAUGGGGCUGUCGAACAUGGAGAAGGAGAGCGACACCGAUCUGAAUUUCCUGUUCGGCAUCCGGCUCUUUUCCAUUUUACUGGUGAUCGCUUGUCACAAAGUGGGCUUCACCACGGCCGGUCCCGUCAAAAACCCUUCAUUCCAGGAACAGUCGUUCAGCCAGCUGCAGUACAUGCCGAUUCUGCACGGCGAUCUCGUCGUCGACACGUUUUUCUUUCUGGCAGGUUUUCUUCUCACUGUGGGCCUUCUGAAGGCGCUCAGGAGGCCGAUCAGCGGGGUCAAAGUGUCCGUUUGGCCGCUCUAUCUCUUCAGGUACCUCAGAUUAACCCCUGCGUACAUGCUGACAAUCCUGUUCUACAUGUCGGUGCUGCCGAAAAUGGGCUCGGGGCCGCUGUGGCCGGUUACCGUGGUGCCCGAGAGCGAAUACUGCCGCGACAACUGGUGGCUCAACGCGCUCUACCUCAACAACUACCUCCACGUCGAGCGAUCGUGUAUAGAGCAGGGUUGGUACAUUCCGUGCGACAUGCACAUGUUCGUCGUGUGUGCGCCGCUGGUACUGCUGGUACACCGCAGGCCGAGGAUUGGAAAAGCGCUGCUGGCCGCUCUCACCAUCGUCUCCAUCCUUGCUCCAUUCCUCACUAUUUGGGUCCGAGACACAGACGCUAUGCUGCUCUUUUUCCUUGAUUUCUUGAGCGGCUCGCGGGUGCACCCUUACUUCUCGGCGGUGUACGUGAAGAGCCACGUGCGCGGCAGCCCCUACUUGAUCGGCGUGCAAAUUGGACUAAUCUACAUGAGCAGGCGGCAGACGAGAUUGUCCAAAGCCAACUCCUUGCCUCUGCUGCUAAUUGGAUUCGCGAUGGCGCUGGCCACCACCUUCUCGGCGGCGCUGUUCUACGGCAACGAGGGCGCCGCGGCCGCCUCCCCGGCCGCCAGGGCACUCUACGGCGCCCUCCACCGACCUGUUUGGGCCUUUGCACUAGGAAUCAUCGUCCUUGCAAUUUCCCUGGGCAGAAUUGGGUUUAUGCGCAAAGUGCUGAGCUGGAAGCCGUUGGUGCCCCUGAGCAAGCUGAGCUACGGCGCCUUCCUCGUGCACGUUGUCAUCCUGUGGUACACGGCCGGCUCGGCCAGGGAGGCCACCUACAACAAUACUUUUAUCAUGAUAUUGAAAACGAUGGGCGAUACGGUGGUUACCUUCGGCGUGGCGCUGCUGCUCUACCUAAGCGUCGAGGCGCCGAUCAGAGAUAUGGCCAAAUUAGCCCUGAGCGUGCGCAUCAAAAUGCAAAUGGACGUCGACGGCGGCGGCGGUGGUGGCGGCGGCGGCGAGAAAAAGGGCGAGCUGGCAAUGGAAGAAAUGCUGAAUUCGACCAGCGAGAUGGCUUCGAACGGCGGCGUGUCAUCGUCGAUGGCGUCAAACGACUCGGGACUCGGCUCCAACGACCCGUCGAGCGCUGUUGUUAAUGCGAAACACCAACGGCCUGACGCUAGAUCUCAAACGGACGUUGUUCUAACGCUUUAAUUACGCCGCGUUUUCUUCUUGAGACUUGACUGACAAUAUAUCGUAAAUCGUUAAUGUUAAUGUAUGUUUGUAAUUCUAACUGAUGCUCCGAUUAAAUAGUACAUAUUAGGGAAAAUAUACAGGGCAGCAAAAUUAAGUUUUUUAAUUUCUUAGUUAUGUAAGAACAUGAUCGUAUUUUUCGUUUUAUUAAUUUUCUUUGUUCAAAAGAUGGCCUUUUGGUACUAAUAUAAUUAAAGUUAAGCUUUACAGAUAAAGGGUGAAAAAUCCUUUUUGUCUGAUAUGCUCUCUGUAAACUGAGAGCAGCUCAAAUUUAAGCUUAAUUUUUGCCAGGUUUCCGUUUAAAUUUGCGAGAAAAUCGACUCCAAAGCUUGCAUGCUAAUCAAGUGAUGAGCACAGCCUCCUUACUGAAUUGACCAGUUGCAUAAACCCUUAGUUAUUAAAGCCGC